AAGAAGUGUGAAGAUAAGAAAGCAAAAGAUAGGAACAGACCCUUGGUGUCAUUGUAGGAACUUUGUUACGUGUGUAUGCAGCGCACUAAGGCCAACAGUGCACUGUAUUCUAAAGUCGAGAACAAAGAAGAACAGGACGAGCAAUUUCUACAUCAAUACCAGAUAAUGAACAACAAGGACACUGCAUUCAAAGACCAGUUGAGACUAAAAUCAGAAAAAGAAGAAUGCAUGAAGAAUGCUGCAUAUAACCUUGGUGUCGCAGAUGCUAUAAAAUCACAGAGGAAUCAGAAAUGCCACUUUUCUGAUUGAUGAACAAAAAGCUGAACUGAAGAAACAUCAAUUUGAGCAGAGAGAAAUGUAUAAGAAAGCACUGGAAUACCAGCUGAAACACAGGCCUUCCAGACUGCCCAUCUAUGAGCCCAUGGGCACCUUCACCAACUUUGGGCAGAAUGAGAAGACCCUGGAGGCCGAGAAGCGGCAGAGAAAUAUUGAAUACAUGAAGCAGCAGGUGGAAGCCGCUGCAGGCCACAAAAGACAGCUUAUCCUCAGCCACAUAAAAAAUCUGCAGCAAGAAAAAGAAAUGCUCCAGAAAAACCAAGAAAAGCAUUUAGCAGAAAGAUGUGCAGAAGAGGAUCGAAGGAACACCAUCAAUCAACACCUGAGAAAAGAAUGGGAUAAAGAUGUUGUGCUGAAGCAUCAGCGAGAUGAAGAUGCCAAGGCCUUUGACAAGUAAUUGCCUUCUGGGGUUGCAAGUUGCCUUCUCU